GCAAAUAAAGAAAAACACUUUCAUCUUUUCCUCAAUUUCACUGGAAAUCUGAUGAGAUCGUCUCGAUCUUUUGUGUUUUUCUUUCCUUAGAGAUAGAUAAAGUAAUUAAUUUUAGUUUCAGUGGCAAAAUAGGUUUGAGAAGAAAUUGUAUCUUAAUACCGAAAAAACCAUGUGGAGGCGAUGGUGUAGCGGUGGAGGUGCAGUGAAGCAGAGCGUGUUGGCGGUUUUCAGCCAAGUCCAUGGGAGGAAGAGGAAGCCUCAUGCUCAUCAUAUUUUGGGACUGAGGGCUAUUAUUCCUGCAUCAUCAUCAUUCGUAUGGCUGAGAUAUCUAUCAUCAUCGUCUUGUGCUGACUCUAAAUCUGGCAGUGGCAAUAGCAUAUCAUUCGCCGAGGCGAAGAGGCUAUUGAGACUGGUGAACGUGGAGGCGCUGAAGACGAAGCUUGGUAUUGAGGGGAAGGAGGUGAUCGGAUACUCGGAGCUUCUCGAAGCCUGCAAGAGCAUGGGUGUGGCCAGAUCCCCCGAGGAGGCCGUUGCGUUCGCCCGAGUCCUUGACGAGGCAGGUGUCGUCCUUCUCUUCCGCGACAAGGUCUACCUUCAUCCCGAUAAAGUGGUGGAUCUGGUCAGAAGAGCAGUGCCCCUUUCUCUGACUUCUGAAGAUGAUGACCCCGUGAGGGAUGAGUUAAAGAGGUUGCAGGAGAAGAAGGAAGAUAUUGAUGUGCUGGCACAUAAACAGGUCCGGCGCAUCCUCUGGUCUGGGUUAGGGUUUGCUUUGGUACUGGUUGGGCUCUUCUUCCGUCUUACAUUCUGGGAAUUUUCAUGGGACAUAAUGGAACCCAUUGCAUUUUUCGGAACAACCACUGGCAUAGUCAUAAGUUAUGCCUACUUUCUAGUUACUUCAAGAGACCCAACUUACCAAGACCUGAUGAAGAGACUGUUUCUCUCAAGGCAGAGGAAGCUGCUUCAGAAGCAAAAUUUUGAUAUUGAAAGAUUCAAAGAGUUACAAAAUAAAUGCAUAACACCUCUUGAUGCCACUGCCUCCGUUAAAAAUCGGGUGGGACUGGAAAAACUAGAGGAUGCUUUACAUGGGGACUAGCAUUUUUUUUUUUUUUUUUAAGGGGGGGUUGUUGACAUCUUUGGAGUUUUUUCUCUGUAAUCUGGCCCCUCUUGUUUUCAUGUAUGCAGGGGACCAACAUUUUACUUUCUCUUUUUUCGUGUAAUCUGUUCCCCUUCCUCUUUUUUAAUUGCAUAACAAAGUUAAAAGAAAUUUUAUUAAAAAUGUAUUUGUUCUUUUAA